AUGCCGCUCGAUAAAGAGCUACAGCUUUUGGGCUCGAGCACGCUCACUGCACCUGUCUCAGGCGGCCAGGUUGCGUGCAAUCCAGCCUUCAACCUGACGGCGACGGUCGGCGAUGGCAGCGCCGUGCUGCACAUUUGGCGUGCCAACGACAACCAGCUCAUCUCCAAGCACACGGAGCGCAACCAGAAGGUCGAAGCCAUAAAAUGGAAGGAAGACGGGCACUUCCUCGCGGCGGGCUGGAGCGACGGCGUCGUGAGACUCGUCGGCUUGGAGAGCAGCAAGGCCGUGCACCACAUCCGCGUCGCCGAGAAUGGUGCCCUGUCGAAGAUUGACUUCAUCGCCUGGUCGCGCAACGCCAUCGGCCGCCGCACCGCCCGAGAGAGCCCCGCGAGUGCGAGUGCGCUGGCCGCCUGGAGCAUCCUCGCCGACGACGACCAGCAGCAGCCGCACGUGCUCGAUCUCGCCCACGAGCUCACCUUUCUCGAAAUCGAAACCGCCCUCCCCAAACUCAGUCCCUUGCCCGUGUCGGGCGGCUCGGGCGACGACAUGUUUUUGUUCUCUACGACGGCGUCUCUGGAGUUCGUGUUCCGUCCGUGCCCGGCAGAGGACGCCAAUGUCGUGCAUGUCAUGAUCAUAGGGACGGCCGAUGGAGGCAUCCAUCUCAGCAUAUACGACUCGUUCGUCAUCGGGACUUUCAAGCACUCGCCCCGUACCGCGGGACCCGCGUCCGGCUCCGGCGUCUUCCAGCUCUGCGGACACGGAUCUCACCACGGAACCUCAACCCACACUCUCCUCCUCCGGCCACAAGGGGGGGAUGGGACCGUGCUGUAUCUGGUGCCCAUGGACCUAGUCUUUGUGCACUAUUCGCCCGUCAACCUGUCUCUUCUGGCGUCCAAGAUGACCAUGAUGCAGAAUUUGCUCCGCUAUCUUAAACAAACGCAAUCUCACAUGACAAGCGAGUGGAAAUCGACAAGAGAGCUGCCCGCCCGUUUUCUCCUCGGGGUGCAGGAGGACCUCCAGAAGACACCCAGGGGGGGCUUGACAAUAUUCCAGGCUCUGUACCACACAGUGGCCACCGGUCAUGCUUUCCCGCCUGUCAAGGAGUGGCUUGUGGACAGCCUCGCCGAGAGAGGACACAAGCGGUGGGACAAGGCUGUGGUGUCGGGCCUAGAGAACCUCCGCGGCCUGGUUCAUGAGAACUUCAUCCCGGCCCUGGAGCGGUGUGGCAUCAUUCUCAGCCGUCUCCUUGGCAUUGCUCGCUUCCACGACUCGCGCGAGAGCAUUGGGUUCAAUGCUGCCCAGAUCAGCCGGCUCAUGGACAUAGUCUCGUGCCUGACCGUUGUGUCUCACAGGAUCUUGCUGAUCGUCAUGGACGAGCUGGAGUACUUCACGUCCUUCUCGACCUGGCUUCGGCUAGAGAUUGAUAGGGCCGCCUCGCCAUCGAUGAGCGACGACCUCACUGAGAAGGAGGUGAUGUUGGAUGACUCCAAAGUCUUGUCAUACAUUGAGCAAUACCUAAUCGGUAACCCACUAGCUCUGUACUUUGACGAGGUUACCAAGGAGGACUAUGCCAAGGAUCAAGACCUCGCCGAGGACGGUGUUUCUCUUUUGCAGAUGCUUGACAAGCAGCUGAGUCGAAAAGAGGCCGGUCUGCCGUAUAUGAAAGCGCUGCCUCAUCUUGAUUUCCUGGUGAAGUACCUGACCAGUCGGGCCAACACGGUCUUUCGGGACAUUGCCGAGGCAGAGAAGCGAGGCGUCCGGUUUGGCCAAGCCACCGAGCUGUCGUUUGGACAGAAGAUCUGGAACCAUGAAAUUCGGCUUUGCUCCAAGCCCAGAAAUAGCGACGUCGAUGCGACAGCGUUUACUGCCAUUGUGUUGGAGGCGGACAAGUCUGGGAUAUCACUUUUCCGGACUAUCAUACCAAUCAUAAAUGGCAUCAGCGGCGUGGCUUCCACGACCGCUUGUAGGCUUUUGCUUCCGGAAGGUUUUAGCUUGAUCGACCUGAAGUUCUUGGACGAUGAGUCGCUGCUCGCUUUGUGCCAGCGUAGAGACGAGCUAAAGCCCGUCCUGCUCCGCAUUGCGUACCGGGCGACCGCUGUGUUAUACGGAGGAUUCAGGAACACCCAGGCGCUCGUGACUGUGGACCUCGAACACCAUGACCUUAAAAAGGUCGUCUCCUCUUUCACAUUCCCGCACAUUUCCGGCUUCGUGCCAACACAGAUGGAGGUGCAAACAGGGAGCAAAGCAAGAGGCGAGAUCCCUGCGAGGGUGUGUCUCCUGGGGCGGGACAAGGCGACGUAUGUCUAUAAGCUGCCCGAGAGCUGGGAUGUGGUUCCGGAGUCGCCACUCAAAGAAGACGUUAGGAUGGAGGGGUCCUAG